UCUCCCUCUCCCGGCCCCGCCCUUUCUCCCUCCGCUCACGUGUGCUGUAAUUAUAGUCCGUGACACCGGAUGGCUCUCCGUGCCCACUUGCCAGCCAGGCAGCUAUUAAUAUCAGGCUGUUCCGUGGGCACGGGGAGAUCCUGCCCUCCAGCAGAGGGGCGGUGCCCGAGAAAGCAACAGCCGCCCCGCAGCCCCGUAAGCCCAGAGGGGCAGAAGGCGGCGGAGGUGUGACACUCCCCUCCCCGCUGGGACAUAAUUUCAAGGUGAAACGCUUCCUGAGUCAUUCCUGUAUUGCUAAUUCCUUGCCUGAUAAAUGUAUCCAAUAUGGACCAUACCCUGGCCUGCUUCUGGAAUCUUCCAUGGACUCUGCUGCUGCUCUAUUUGCCUCCACAAGAAGUCCAUGGAUUCUUCCCCAACUUCUGGUCUCGCGCCAUGACUGCUGCCUGGGGCUCCAUUACCCAUCAGGACAUGACUGAGGAGGCUAUUCUUAAUGUCACCCUCCGCCUUUUCAUGGAGAUGCCUCAUCCCGAGAAGAAGCGUAUCAGAGAGGAAGACUUUAAGGACAGGACGCUCCUGGCUGAUGACCUCUUUGCUGCUUUCUAUGGUCCUGAGGUGUCUGCUAAGCGUUUCCGUGGAGCCAUCGCCCAGGUGGCCAAUGCCAACGCUGCCAUGGACUUCCUGAACACGACGCGGGAUGAUCCUGUGCUCCACUUUGAUUCUGAGCUCAUCCACUCCGCCAAUGCUUGGCUGUUGCAGGCCCGCAAAGAGGUCCUUCAGGCUGUGCGCUCGGAGCAGUACAGCAUUGCCCGGGAGAGGCUGGGACAGCUGCUCCAUUCCUUACAGGAUUUCUACAGCCACAGCAACUGGGUUGAACUUGGGAAUCAACAGAUACAUCCAGAUCUGGUACGACCUGGAUGGGAAAUCAAGUCUAUUGCAGAAGCUGGCAUCAGGACUUGCAGAGACUGCUCUGACUGGACGUGUAAAGGAAACCUCUUGGAAGGCCUCACUGCUAAAAGACUCCUGACUACUGGUUACUAUGGCACCCAGCCAGAAAAACCACUUGGUAUGUGUUUGUUGCCAGGGAAGGAUGGGAGUGGGGUAUGGCUCUGGUAUGAGGCAGAGUUCUCUGCCAUUAAAGACUCAAGGAAGUGCAGUCAUGGAGGGAAACUUGAUGGCAGCAGCCACAGAGAGCCUCGGGGUGGUAUCAAUAAGGACAGUUCAUCCUGGAUCUUCUCGCCCCACCACUAUCUGCAUAGCAAGGCAGCUGUACUGGCCCAGGAUGCCUCAACACAUUUUUUGGAGACGCUCCGGCGGCAAAUAGGGAGCAAGCAGUUCAUGAGGCUACUGGAUAUCAGUCCAGCCACAGGACUGAGCUUUGUCGUGGACACCACAGGAAGCAUGGGAGAAGAGAUCAAUGCUGCUAAAUUGCAAGCAUUGCAUAUCAUCCGCCAGCGCCGUGGCACCCUUCAAGAGCCAGAUUUCUAUCUCUUGGUGCCUUUCCAUGAUCCUGGGUUUGGCCCUGUCCAUAAGACCAGUGACCCAGAAGAAUUCCAUAAAAUCUUUGAUGAUAUCAGCCCUUUGGGUGGUGGUGAUGAGCCAGAAAUGUGCCUUUCUGCACUGCAGCUUGCCCUCCAGAACUCGCCCCCGUAUUCUGAGAUCUUUGUCUUUACUGAUGCAUCAGCUAAAGAUGCUCAUCUCAAGAACAGCGUGGAAGCCCUCAUCCGGGAACAGAAAUGCAAGGUGACUUUCCUAAUCACAGAAGAUCCAUCCAGGACCCGGGUGAAACGGGAAACACUUGCUCCGGACCGAUUCAGUCUCUACAUAAGCCUAGCUCACAGCUCGGGUGGCCAAAUCAUUUUUACAGACAACGAGAACAUCAAGCGUAUGGUUGAGAUUGUUGGCGAAUCCACCAUAUCUACGGUGACCCUCUUUCGCCACCAGAAAGGCAGCAUCUUCAGCCAUAAGGGUUCUCGGAAAAGGACAAAGAAGCAAGCCACACCACUGGAGCAUCACCGGUUCUGGAUUGACAGCAUGGUGGAGAAAGUGGUUGUGACCAUCCAGGGUGCCAUUCAGGACUUCAGCAUCAUAAAUCCUAAAGGUAUAUCUCAUGCUACAGCAUCAACAACUCAGAGCUCCUUAGCAACGGUCCAGUCCAUUGGAGGCAUCUACAGAGUGUUCCUUUCUUCCUCGGUCCUUGCUGGAGAAUGGACAUUGGCGCUCCAGCCCAGAGGCCACUACUCUGUGCACAUACAGGGUCAGAGCACCUUUGACUUCCUCUAUUAUUUUGCUGUCCCCGUUGAUGGACCCCACCCAGGAUUCUUUAUGAUGAACAGUCUCCCCAGGGAAGGCUUGCCCACUUACCUGGUGGUUAUGGCAAUGGGCUUGAAUCGGUCAAAGUCGGGCUCCAUUCAGCUACAGGCUGUGAGCUUGGAGGGGAAGAAAGGCAGCCUCGGGGAGCUGAAACUUCAAGGAACCAAUAGAAGUGCCCUGUUUACUGCUGAGCUGCCGCAGGAUCUGUUGGCCAACAGCAGCUUCUCUGUGGUUCUGCGUGGCAUGGACAGUGAGGGUCAAAAAGUGGAGAGAGCCGCUCCUCAAGUUGACACUGCUGUGGGAUCCCUGUUGGAGCUGAGCAGGGACACUCCUGUGUUUCCAGGGAAGCCAGUUUCUGUUGCUUGGAAGCUGACAAAUCUUGGCUCAUCCAAGCUGUAUAAUCUGGAAGUGAGCUGUGUUCCCCCGUUCCCAGUCACCAUCUCCAGUUCCAGGCACCAUUUAGGCCGUAACCAAACAGCAACGGGACAGAUCUCCAUGACUGUACCCAAUGCUACUGCUCCUGGCUCUGUGAUCACCAUAACCCUGCAGGCCAAUCUUCUCCACCCAGCUGGGGAUUCCACUUUCGCCCAUAUCCACCUGCUUGUGAUGCCUCAAACUACAGUGCCGAUGUCCUCACCUCCACAUUGUAAUGUGACUUGGGUAGACAGCUCCUGUGGCCCUGUGAAGAGAGUUUGUCAGAUUCAGCGCUGGACAGCCACCUUGCGGAUCUUGGACGAAGCCGGAGUCCGCUGGGUGCAAGAGGAGUGGGGCACUGUGGUCCCUCACCAAGCUGAUGGCCUGGCGGAAUCGGUCACUUACAGCUCAGAUUGUUGCUUGCAGCAGGCCAAACUGAUGGUCACCAACCUGCUUGGGGAGAAAUACUGGUGUCAUAUAGCCGCACCGCCUCCUGUUUCUGGCAAGGGGGCGACGAUGCUCACUGAUGGUGCUGGGGUGUUGGCUAGUGCUGCUACUGAUGCAUUGUGCUGGUGGUUGAUAUUGACGGCUUUCAUGGCAGCCUAUUGGUUAAGAUAAGGCUUGGAAGAGAACAUUCUUACCAUGGGGAAGAGAUCUUAAUGCAGAGGCUGCCCUCUAGUGAGAGGUGUUGGGGUCUCACCCUAUUAUGGAGUACAUGAAUGGGCUUGGGGAAAAUGGGGGAUGCUGAGCAGAAGGGCAGUUCCUUGAACUGUUGACUCCUCAAGAAGCAAGAUGGAAUGAUCCCUUGAUGCAUUGGCAUGAUUCACAGAUGAUCUAACAUGCAGGGAGCCUUGGAUACCAUUCCUUUACCUGAUCUAAGCUGAUCUCAGGUCUGGCUGUUACAGCAGAGCUGGUUGUAGACCAUGUGUCUCUGAUCUUUAGAAAAUAGGAAGCUUCCUUCUACAGAGUCAGACCAUUGGUCCAUCUAGCUUAGUAUUGUCUACACACUGGCAGCGGCUUCUCCAGUGUUGCAGGCAGGAGUCUCUCUCAGCCCUAUCUUGGAGAUGCCAGGGAGGGAACUUGCAACCUUCUGCAUGCAAGCAUGCGGAUGCUCUUCCCAGAGCAGCCCCAUCCCCUGAGGGGAAUAUCUUACAAGGCUCAUGUACUGUACGCAUGUAGUCUCCCAUUCAUAGCAGUCGGACCCUGCUUAGCAAAGGGGACAAGUCAUGCUUGCUACCACAAGACCAGCUCUCCUCCAUAAAACAACAUCCUCUCUUUGUAUAGAGCAACAUGAUGUAUGAGCUUAUGAAGCUGCUUUUGACCCUACCACUGACUUAGCUCGCCCAUGACGGUCUACUCUGAAUGGGGGCAGCUCACCUUUUGAGCUGUUUUUUUUUACCCUUGAACUUGAGAUGGUAGAGAUUGAAACUGGAAUUGCUGCAUUCCAAGCACGUGCUCUGCUACUGAGGCAUGGCCACUCCCAGGAGGAGGCACUGGCGUGGCCACUGGCUGCAAUCCAUGUUGUUACUAGCACCAUGUUCUACGCUCUUCAGCCGCAUCUCUUGCUGCUUUCAUCCUGCCUCUGCCUCAUUUCUUUUUAGCUGCUUGCCCUUCAUUGGGUCCCUGCUGCCUUGGUGGCAUUGUAAAAAAUCUUCCCUCCUCCUGCACAUGCUUCCGUGAUCUUCUGACAUUGCUGUCAGGAGUGAAUCCCCUUCCACUCAGACCGGCUGUCAAUUCCCAUGGCUUUGGUCAUGGCCUCUGAGAAUCAAACCUGACUCCCCUUUAGGCCAACUUCUGCUGGGGGCUCAGAUGGGUAGGAGAAGUACUACACCCCUCAGCACAUCAAAGUUGAGAGUCUGGUAGAAAACUGUAGUACAUAAUUCUAUUUGAUUUCAUAACUCUGAAAUUCAACAUUUCGUUGGGCUUACUCUGAGUAGCUUUCUUCACUGUCAGCCAGUGAGAAUUUUAAAAAGCUGGAAUAACUGAUGGAAUAUGACAGGUGGGUUCAGAUGACCUCCCAAAAGCCCAGUUCGUAUUAUCCAAAUCUGCCAAACUCCAGUUUCCAAGCCUUCCGCUAGACACCUUCCACCCAUUUGUCACCUACAUUUUGAAGCUGGACAGAAAAUGUUGGGCAAAUGUCGGAUGGAAAGCUCAGGAGCCCAGAGCCUGGUGGGUUCAGACAACACGCCUGCCAACAAUGCACACUCCUCGGGAACCUGGCUUUGGGCAGGUCUGAACCUGCCCAUAAACUAUCACAGCCAAGCCAGUAUGAUAAAAUAUGUAUUGAAAAUGCUGUUAAAUAUCCUGCAACAUUUUCAGUCUUUUCUUCUAAUAGCUAGUCUUCUGAGGGUCAAACACUACUGACGGUGGAAUAUCAGUGAUUCAAUAUCUUCUCUUUAACUUCAGAACCAGAGGAAGCAAUUCACUUGAUUAGGAAUAGCAGAGCUGGGAGUGGGAGCAUUUAACCCUCUUUCCCCCCCUCACUAAUAGUAAUGAGGGUGUUCCCUCUUAUAGAGAUUCCCAUAUGUUGUUGACUACAACUCCCAGAAUCCCCAGCUGGCAUUCAGUGGCUUUUGCUUGGGGAUUAUGGGAGUUGUAGUCAACAUUUGGGAAUCUCUUUAGAGGGAACACUGCUCAGCACUGCUUCUCUGAUAUAAUUAGCAGUUCUAAAGAUUCAACAUCUACUCUGAAAUAAAAAUAACUUGGGAAAUCUGGUCACCAGUUUCCUGCAUCCUAUUUAUUCUGGCCCUCGCUUGUAUGCCUAUUGGCAUGAACCCCAUCUCUCACCCCACCCUUUCAUUUAAUUCUGAUCUGUAUAUUUUUGCCUUGUAUAUAUUUUUAUGCAAAUUAUUUUUUUAUUUACAGAAGUUUAAUGUUUGCUGUAUGAGAUUAUGUGAGUAUGUAGAUAGACGUUUAAUAGGUACUUUUAAAAAGUUUUAGCCUAGUGGUGUUAAACUCAGUAAGUGACCAGAACUGGGGUGAGAUCCUGCUUCAGUCAUGAAGCUCAGUAGGUGAGCUGAGGCCAGUCACUGUCUCGUGGCCUAACCUACCUCACAGGGCUGUUGUGAGGAUAAAAUGAGGGUGGGGGUGGUGAACCACAUUCUAGGGGUCUUGGAGGACAGAUGUGAUAAGAAACAUAAUAAAAAAACUAACUCAG